UACAGCGCCUUGAAGUGUCCGAGUCUGCUCCGUCGGGUCGCGGUCUUGUCCUCCCUCCCUCGCGAUGUCGGAAGAUGACGAUCACGCUAGCGUGGACGACCAGAAGACUGCAGCGUCUACCUCUGACGCGGCCUCGCUUCCCCCAGCCAAGGCGGAGGGGCCAACCCAGCAAAACCCCGACCCAGCCGUGCCACCCAGACCGCACACUCGCGAUGCACCAGCGGAGCCUCCCUUGGCUCAGCAGAACAUGUCUGACGCACCUUUGAAUAUGGCUACGGAACGCCCGCUGAACGUCACGGACGCACUGACAUAUCUAGACUCCGUCAAGAUGAAGUUCCAGGAUAAGCCGGAGGUGUACAACCGGUUCUUGGACAUUAUGAAGGAUUUCAAAAGUCAAAUAAUCGACACACCAGGGGUCAUCGAGCGAGUGUCGAACCUGUUCCACGGUCACCCAACACUCAUUCAAGGAUUCAAUACCUUCCUUCCCUCCGGCUACCGUAUUGACUGCACGACGGACGCACAGAAUCCCAACUCGAUUACGGUGACCACCCCUGCCGGCAUCACGACGCAGACCACCAAUGGCGCAUUCUCGUUCGGGAUCGGUAGCACCCGCCCCAAUGUGCCACUCGAGCCUGAACACGCCCCAGCGCCCCCGCCCCUCCCCGACGUCAACCUGGAGCCUGCGCUCGCAUACGUCCAGCGUGUGAAGACGCGGUAUGCGAACGAGCCGGACAAGUACCGGCGGUUUCUCGAGAUCCUGAACCCCAAGUCGGGCAGCGGCAUGCUCAGCCAUGAACUCCGCGAACUGGAGCACUGGGCGGUGGCGUCCCUGUCCGCGGGGUACGCACAGGGCGAGGUCGUGCAGCGGCUGGGUAAGCUGUUCGCGGACGCGCCGAGCCUCAUGAAGGACUUCGUCGAGUUCUUGCCGGACAGGCAGACGAGGGAGAUCGAGCUCGCGAAGCUGGCUGAGCUGCAGGAGAGCCGGAAGGCAGGGACGCCCGCAGGUGAGUCGAAGUCGAGGAAGAAGGGCGAGGGCUCUGCGGCAUCUGUGGCAUCUGCGCCUCCGAAGAGGAAGCGGAAGGUAGCGGAGCGGGACAAGGAUGACAAGAAGGAGAAAGAGAAGGAGAAAGAUAGCGGUACGAAGUCAGUCGCGAGCAAGACCAAGAGAUCGCGCCCGUCACAGGCACAUGGCAGCGAUGCUCCCUCUCCGGCGGUCUCACAGCGAGUUGCAGCGGGUCCAUCCUCCCCACGUCGCCCAGCUCAGGCCCAUGCCCCUCAGCCACACGCCCAUCAUGCACAACCUGGGCCGUCGAUGCAGGGUGCACCGCCCGUAGCAGUCGCACCACCGGCGCCUCAACCACUGAGUCCAGCGGAUGAGACGCAGUUCUUCGACCGCGUCAAGCGCGCUCUCGACAACCGCGAGGCGUACAACGAGUUCCUGAAGCUAGUCAACUUGUUCACUCAGGAUAUCAUCGACACUGCACGUCUUGUUCGGGAGGGCAGGUCCUUCCUCGGAGACGGGGAGCUCAUGGCGCAGUUUAUGGAGAUCCUUGGGUGGGACGAGAUGCGCGACCGAGUUGCUGUCGCGGACGAUGUAUGGACACGCCCGAUGGUGGCACUGGAGAGGCCCAGCCGUAACCAGCUGAACAUCCGAUACGGUAGCUACAGGAAGCUCCCUCAGAAUGAGGUCAACGUGACGUGCUCAGGCCGUGACGAGAUGUGCAAGUCCGUGCUGAACGACGAGUGGAUUUCGCAGCCGACGUUCGCGAGCGAGGACACGGGCUUCUCAACACACCGGAAGAAUGUGUACGAGGAGGCGCUGCUCCGGAGCGAGGAGGAGCGGCACGAGUACGACUUUUACAUCGAGGCGAUCAGCCGGACGAUUGUCAUGCUCGAGCCGCUGAACAACAAAAUCGCGCAGCUCAGCCCCGAGGAACGCAACGGUUUCAAGCUUAAGCCGAACCUCGGCGGUGCGGGCAAGAGCGUGCACUUGCGCGUGCUCAAGAAGAUUUACGGCCGCGAGGCGGGUAUCGAAGUCUAUCAAGCAAUGCAGGAUGUGCCUGCGUUCGCGAUCCCCGUCGUGCUUUCCCGCCUGAAGGUGAAGCAUGAGGAGUGGCGGCGGGCGCAGCGCGAGUGGAACAAGAUCUGGCGCGAGGUGGACGCGCGCAACUACUACAAGUCGCUCGACUACCAGGGCAUCACGUUCAAGACGACGGAUAAGAAGGCGAUUACGACCAAGGCGUUCGUGAGCCAGAUCGAAGCUGCGCGGGACGAGCAGAUGGCGAAGCGUGCAGCGCUGAUCGAUCCGCUAUUCGCGCGGACGCGCCCACGGCAUCAGCUCGAGUUUGUGAUUGAGGACAUCCCUGUCCUCCAAGAUGCGCUGAAGCUCACGCUGUCAUUUUUGGACCGCACGUCAGGUCAGAUCAAUGCCGCAGAUCGGAAGAAGAUUGAGACAUUCCUCAGGGCCUUCGUCCCGACCUUCUUCGUUCUCGAGACCGCGCAAUUCAAUGCCGCGUUCGUGCCGCACGAGACGAACGAAACCGACAUGGAGGUGGACAGCACCACGGACGACUCAGACCCGUUAGCGACUGCGCGCCUUGGCAAACGGAAGGCGAACGGCGCCGCGUCCGGCGGCGACCUCCGGAAGAAGCUAUUGAAGAGCGAGCAGGCGAAGUCGAGCAGGCGGACACGCGCGCAGGGCACCGGUUCUCCAUCUGUGUCACGAUUUGCGUCGCCCGCGGCCUCCGACACCAUGCAGGUUGAUAGCGAGGAAAUUUCCCCGGACAGUGAUUCAGUGAGCAAUGGUGCUGUGGCUACUGCUGGGCCAAGCAGUCCGACUGGGGAGAAGCCUGUGAGACGACGGUAUAGCUUCUUCACGAAUACUACGUUCUACGUCUUCUUCCGCCUGCUCGAGCUUCUAUGCUCUAGGCUGCUAUACUACCGGGACCUUGCCGCCAAGAUUGCGGAUGACCCCAAGACUGUGACAAGGCCCGGUCAAGCCACCACCGAUUUGGGCAGUCUACCCGAGCACGCGGCGAAUGCUCGCCAUUUUUACACGCUGAUGCUUGAGUCUUGUGAGAAGCUCUUCGACAACCAGCUCGAGCAGGCCGUCUUUGAGGAUCAGAUGCGAUGGAUGUUCGGUCCACAGAAUGCGUACAAGAUGUUCACCGUCGACCGAGUGGUUGGAGCCAUCAUCAAACAGGUCCAAAACGUGUUGAGUGAUACAAAGAGCCAAGAACUCUUCGAAUUCCUUCGUCGGGAUCGGGAGCUUGUCUCGCCCACGACGCAAGACCAGAUCAAUGCCCGACGGAACACGGAAAGGGUGGUUGGGCCCGACGAGAACAUCUUCCGAAUAGACUGGCUGCCCGAGAGCAAGACUGUGACUGUCCAACUCUUUGGCAAAGACGACUCAAGGUUUGUCGACUCGGAAGCGCUCACAGGACGGUGGCAGACAUAUGUCCAAUCAUUCGUAUCAGACGAACGGACACAAGGUGUAUCGUCCCGUGCAGGUUCCAAGCGACCGUUCCUCCGCAAAUCGCGAUUCCCAACUGCUACGACGGGUGACGUGCCCGAAGUCAUUGCGCAUGGCGGACUGGAGAUCAAGGUCUGCGUGCGAACGUACCGGUUCUUCUUCGUGUCGCACACGGAAGACUAUCUGUGGCGCGUCGUCGGCUCCGAGGACGUUUCUACUGCGCGUGACAAGGCAAAGACACAAAGCGUCAGACGACGGCAGUGGUUGGAGCGAUUUGCUGGGCAGCGGGACGAGCCGCAACAGCGCAAAGAGCUAAGCAAUCCCGAUCCUGUUGUCUCUCCUCCAGCUUCGGACACCACGAAGAAAGCUGCUGAAGAAAAUCAACUUGAGUCGGAUGCCCCGCCGCCCGAAAUUACACCUUCCCCCCCAAAACCAGACGAGGCUACUAACCACACUUCCGGGUCUUCGUGAUGCGCUGUUCCCUCUUUCGAUCCCUUUGUAGUCCGUUUGUAUGGGAGCAUGCGUUGUUAUAUACCUUUCGCAUUUCGUAGUUCCCCAUGUUGUAUUGCUGUGUGUAAGAUAAUAUCAGCCCACUUAGAUACUAGUACUAGUAGUCGGCUCGAAGCGUGGC